AUGGUCUGUCUUCAGGACUAUUUACAGAAUUUAACAUUUCAAAGAACUGUCGACACUGAGGGUUUCAAUAUUCGUCAACGUGUACCGGUGGUACAUUAUCUACUGACACUACAUCAUACUGGAAGGGAAGAAACUGAUGGUUCUCUCGCCUUAUCGUCGCCAUUGGCGAUCAAGUAUUCCCCUCGCCAUUUUUCCAUCGCUAAUUCAAGAGUUUUUUGCAGUGAAUGUAACAAAGGAGCAUAUAAGAGGAUAGGAAAGAAGUCAAGGACUGAGAUUCCCUUUGAUGGCACAAAGUUCAAGGGACUUGAAAAAGCAAAAAAGACAAGUCAAACCGUAGUUGCAAGGGCCAUGGGGGUUAGCCAAAGCACAAUUUGGAGAUGGAAAAAGAAGAAGUGCAUUAGAAAGCACACCAACGCAAUAAAACCGUUGCUUAAUGACAAAAAUAAACUUGACAGGACACAACAGACGUAUUAUCUCACACCUAGAGAGGUAGAGCCACAUAGAGGAAUCCAAUCAAAACGAUAUGUGCCUAAGAUCAUGUUUAUGUGUGCUGUUGCUACACCAAUCUUUUCUAAUGAAGGUGAGCUGAUUUUUGAUGGAAAGAUAGGCAUAUUUCCUUUUGCACAAGAAGUGCCAGCAAAAAGAAGUUAA